CAAGAUACGCGCGAUCUGCUACGAAACCGUAGACCACGCUACGACUUCGGAACUUUUACUACUUUUGUAAACUCGAUAUUAUUUCGAAUAAUAAUUUCAUCAUUCAUUACGCUAUGACUAUAAGUUUAUUUAAUGUGAAUUUGUAUAAUUCAAAGUUUGACACGUAAUGAUCUAGUGUUAAAAAAAAUGGCACCUUUAAGAGUACCAACGGACUUUUCGGACCUGAUGGACUUCUACAAUUUAUCAACUCAACAUCCAGAGAGGCAUCACUUCAGGCACAGAAAUCAUUCGCGGGAGCAUUCCAGGAACCACGUAGUGGAUGCAUUAUCGAAUUCCAUAAUGGAGGUGUUAAAUACAAAAUUCGUGCCUGAAAAUGCUAUGCUCCCUGAUAUGGAACCUCUAUCCACUCACAUGGAUGGUCCGUUGGGCCAGGAUAGGAUGAAUAUAACGAUGAAUAGGUCUGAUUUCGGUGUGAUCGAUGAUGAAUUUAUAUACAGACAUAACAGUGCAAUGACUGCGGUGUACUGUGUGGCCUAUUUGCUAGUUUUUAUCGUGGGUCUGGUGGGGAAUUUUUUCGUGAUCGCGGUGGUGUAUCGCUCUCCGAGGAUGCGAACUGUAACAAAUUUUUUCAUCGUGAACUUGGCUGUGGCUGAUAUACUGGUGAUUGUUUUCUGCUUGCCUGCGACGCUGAUGUCUAACAUAUUUGUUCCAUGGGUGCUUGGCUGGCUGAUGUGCAAGACAGUGCCCUACGUCCAGGGUUUGUCCGUGGCGGCUUCGGUCUACAGUCUAGUUGCAGUCUCACUUGACAGAUUCCUCGCUAUCUGGUGGCCGUUAAAAUGCCAGAUCACCAAACGACGAGCGCGGAUGAUGAUUGUCUUCAUUUGGAUUUUCGCCAUCCUCGUCACUAUACCCUGGGUGUUUUUCUUCGAUCUAGUAGUCGUGUUUGAUGAGACCCCCCACGUUCACCUCUGCUUGGAUGUCUGGCCGAACCCCAUUAGCGAGAUUCUCUACUUUGUGAUCGGCAACCUUAUCUUUUGUUAUAUCCUUCCCAUGGUCCUAAUUACCAUGUGCUACAUUUUGAUUUGGAUCAAAGUGUGGCGCCGCGCUAUCCCCACCGACACGCAAGACGCGCAAAUGGAGCGAAUGCAGCAGAAGUCUAAAGUGAAAGUCGUCAAAAUGCUGAUUGCUGUGGUGAUUCUAUUCGUCCUCUCCUGGUUCCCGCUAUAUCUCAUCUUCGCAAGGAUAAAGUUGGGAGGGCCGAUACAAAAGUGGGAGGAAGAAAUUCUGCCGAUAGUGACGCCGCUGGCGCAGUGGCUCGGUUCGUCCAACUCCUGCAUCAACCCAAUACUGUACGCGUUUUUCAACAAGAAGUACAGGAAGGGUUUCGUAGCAAUUGUGAAGAGCAGGAAAUGCUGCGGUAGGCUACGUUACUACGAGACGAUCGCUCUGCAAUCCUCCAGCACUUCCACCAGAAAGUCUUGGCAUUACAACAAUAACCACGCUUCUAUCACCCGUCGAUCGCCGCCCGUUGACAAAAACGCUGUAUCCUUCAUAUUCAACCACACUGGAGUUUAAACGAAUUUUCAACACUUCUUGGAAAUCAAUCAGGCUUAGAGCCGACCCCUGACGCAGUC